AGCGCUCUUACAAAAUCAAGUGCCCUCCGGGCCUCAAGAAGCGCAUUUAAACCAUCACUCUACACUUGCUCGAAGGUGUAUGGCUCUCGAUUUGCAAGUGAUAGUGCUAUUCAUGGAAAAAUCCAUCAAGUAAUCGGCGCUGUCGUAGAUGUAAAAUUUGACACCGACAAGCUUCCGCCAAUUCUCAAUGCCCUGGAGACUAGUAACGGAGGUCAAAAACUUAUUCUUGAAGUUGCACAACACUUGGGAGAAAAUGUCGUAAGAACAAUUGCUAUGGACGGAACCGAAGGACUCGUCCGCGGUCAUCGCGCAACUGACACAGGCUCACCGAUUUCCGUACCUGUCGGUCCUGGCACCCUCGGUCGUAUAAUGAACGUCACCGGUGAUCCAAUUGAUGAGCGUGGACCCAUUAAGCACACCAAAAAACUCCCAAUCCACGCUGAUGCACCAGCUUUUACUGACCAGUCUACCGCAGCUGAAGUAUUAGUUACUGGUAUAAAAGUCGUUGAUUUACUCGCCCCUUAUGCUCGCGGUGGUAAGAUCGGACUUUUCGGUGGUGCAGGUGUCGGGAAAACUGUCUUUAUCCAAGAGUUAAUUAACAACAUUGCCAAAGCACACGGAGGUUACUCAGUCUUCACUGGCGUCGGUGAACGUACUCGAGAAGGUAACGACUUGUACCAUGAAAUGCAAGAAACAAAAGUUAUACAACUUGAUGGGGAGUCAAAGGUUGCAUUAGUUUUUGGACAGAUGAACGAACCCCCUGGAGCUCGUGCCCGUGUUGCCUUAACUGGCCUAACCAUUGCAGAAUAUUUCCGUGACGAAGAGGGUCAAGAUGUACUUCUUUUCAUCGAUAAUAUUUUCCGUUUUACCCAAGCUGGAUCUGAGGUUUCCGCUCUUCUUGGUCGAAUUCCUUCUGCCGUCGGUUAUCAACCUACCCUUGCGGUUGAUAUGGGUCUCAUGCAAGAACGUAUCACUACUACCACAAAAGGUUCAAUUACGUCAGUGCAAGCCGUCUAUGUGCCCGCUGAUGAUUUGACUGAUCCUGCCCCUGCCACAACCUUUGCACAUCUCGACGCAACCACCGUUCUUUCUCGUGGUAUUUCAGAGUUGGGAAUAUACCCUGCAGUUGACCCGCUUGACUCCAAAUCCAGAAUGAUGGAUCCUCGUAUUAUUGGCCAAGACCAUUAUGAUACGGCAACAAAGGUGCAACAGAUGCUACAAGAAUACAAAUCACUACAGGAUAUUAUAGCCAUUUUAGGCAUGGAUGAGCUAUCUGAAGCUGACAAAUUAACUGUCGAGCGCGCUCGGAAGCUGCAGAGAUUCCUCUCUCAACCCUUUGCUGUAGCUCAGGUAUUCACUGGUAUCGAAGGUGUACUUGUCGACCUGAAGGAUACCAUUCGCUCAUUCAAGGCUAUCAUGAAUGGUGAGGGUGACGAUCUUCCUGAGGGUGCAUUUUACAUGGUGGGAGACAUCGACGCUGCUAGGGCCAAGGGAGAAAAGAUCUUGGCUGAAUUGUAA